AUGGCAGUGCAGUAUGACCUGUCUUAUUACUACAGGCAGAAGGAGGGUGCACAGGAGCUGUCUCCUACCCUACAGUCAUCUGAACUGUGGACCCCUCAACAGGUUCCUCCACGUCCCACCACAUCCCCAGGAAGAUAUCAUGAGUUUCUCUCAUCCACACCUGUCAUACUGAAGCUUCCAUGGGGCAGGGAAAGAGAAUAUGGAGGGAUAGGAGCUUUGUCUCUACCUGAUGACCAUCGACCAAAGAGAGAACCCCCUCCACAAGUGGCAAAAGGGCAUAAGCACUAUGGGUAUGGAGGAGACCCCUGGCCUAGGGGGUUACCGAUAGAGCAAUACUAUGAGCUGACAAAGCUGAAAAAAAGUGCUGUCCGUGUGAGCGAUGAUCUGUAUCCCAAACCACCAGCUGCAUCUAUUAGUAGCAAACAAAUCUCUGAGGACUUCCCAGCAGAACAUCCUUAUCAUUCACACAUAUCCAAGUAUGCGGUGUUCCCCACCUUCACACCAUCUGAAGAACCUUCACGGUGUCCCACUUCACUGCCUCCACAAACACCAGCAAGCGGUUAUCCCACCAUCAUCUUACGUAAAACUAAAGGUAAUCCAUACAGGCAUGAGAUAGUCAGCAUUACUUCUGAUUCUCAAAAGCUGCCACUGACAUGGCCAGGACAGCAAGGAUACUAUCAUCAUCCUAAAUUUCACCAUGGAAAUGCCCAAAUCUACUAUCCAAUUCCUCCAAAGACUGUAGCUCCCAAUGCACUGCAUAAGGAGUAUGAGGAAACACUCUCUGAAAGGACUCUGAAUUUACAAAGAAAUCUGAUCAAAUCCCAGUGGUUAACAUCAUAUAACCGUAGCUUUACAGGUAAUGGUGAAAUGAACCCGCUGCAACUUGACGAUUUUCAUGAUAGGGUCAUUGGCAACAUAACUGGCCGAACAGAUGAAAACACAGAAAUGAAACCCACAUUUUUGUCCACUGUUCUCCAUGCUCGGCCACUAGAAGGUCGCAUAUCACGUUUACGAGAUGAAAGACGCUGCCUUAUGAAGGAGGAUACAUAUACUGACCUAGAAAAUGAAAUUGCAGACUGUGCAGAGCAUUCAGAUGAAAAUUGUGAGACAGAAUCACAGUCACCAUGUAUAGAUGAUGUUUAUUUUAAUAAUCAGGAUACCUGCAACACCACCAAAAAGGAAAAUUCACAGCCACUGCAUACAAAGAGGCAGCAUAUGGAACAAGAUAUGCGCAAAAUCACUGACACUGAACAGUCAGAGGCUUUAUACAGAAGGCAGCUGACACCGAUGCACAGUGUUCUAGAGUCUAAGCCAGUGUACAAUGACAAAUGGCAAAGUAGACAAGAUGAAUAUAUGAAAUCUGAAACUCCAUAUAGUCUUACUAAACAUGUGCAACAAAACCAUUGUACUAGUAAGACAAGUGGUUCCUGUAAAAAACAAAAUGAUCAAAGUUUAAGCCAUUCUAACAACCUAAACACUCGACAAACUCAGGGUACAACAAAUUACCAUGGAAGAACAUUCUCUCGCCCAUCUCUCCAAGAACUUCAGGAUUCAUUCUCUAAGUCUCAUGCACAUGUGACAUUCCACAAGCACUUUCCGGAAAAAGCAAAAGAUCUGAGAGAAAAUUGUAAUUCUGGAAAAAGGCACACGUUUUAUGGUCUCAACUCUUUCUAUUUCCAUAAUUAAAGCUCGAAAGUAGAUAAAGGCAUUUUCCUUAGAAAAGGCCAUCAAUGUUUGAUCAGUGGAUUGUCAACCCCCAGGACCUUACUUACAAGCAGAAUGAAGGGGCUGCAACAUGAAAGCAGGUGCUGCAUCCCCAAUUUAUACACACACAUAUACAUUAUAUACUGUACAUACUCAAAGAAGCAAAAUAAACACUUUUA